CAAUGUAAUCUUUCCGAGGACCUUCUUAAAGCGGUGAUCAGAGGAAAAUUGCUGCUACGACUUAGAAAACAGAGAGAGAGCAGACAAUAAUUUGAGAUUACACAGUCUCCGUGUGAAUUAAUUUGUUACUUGAACCUGUGUUGUUUUGUUUAGUUACCCCAGUUAAGUGUGCGUUUGCUGAAAUCACUCCAACAACUCAGCCGGCUUAAUAUUUGUUACUCGCUGGGUGGGCUUUAUCCCCAUUCCCCAGCUAGUUAGCUAGCUAGCUGAAGGUGCUAGGUUAGCUAGCUAGCUAGCUAACUAACGUGAACUGCAGCUGCUCGGCCGUUAUCAACCAGUAUUCAACACAGCAUUUAAACUGACAGGAACAGUCUCUUUUUGGUCUGGAUCAAACCGCUUUGGGUCUGAAACCAGUCAUGGAGAGCGAUGCUUGUGUAGAGCAGAAGACCGGUGAUGGAGAUGCUGCUGUGGAUCAAGUUGAACAACAGCCAGCAGCCACAGCAACAGCUCCUUACAGAUACACCAAGGAGGAGCUUUUGGAAAUAAAAGAACUGCCAGUCUCCAAUGAAAGGCCAGACUGUCUCGCUGAGAAAUAUGACAGUGAUGGUGUCUGGGACCCUGAGAAGUGGCAUGCCUCACUGUAUCCCACGUCAGAGCGUAGCUCUCCGGUGGAAGGUUUUAAGAAGGACUAUGUGGAUGACAGAGUUCCUUUGAAACGAAGAAUCCCAGAUCCUCGUGAGCGGUUAAAGGAGGAUGAUCUGGAUGUCAUACUGAGCCCUCAGCGGCGCAGCUUCGGAGGUGGAUGUCAAGGCAACGCUGCACUUACACCCCACGCCCGUCGCCCAAUCAGCCCCCUUGAAAAUAAGGAGAAUGAAAGUCUCCGUUUAGGAGGAGCACGCAGAAUUGGUAGUGGCCGCAUAAUUGCUGCCCGAGCCUUUGAGAGAGAAGCCCGUGCGGAGAAAGAGAGGGAACGUGAGAGAGACUUUAAGGAUAAAAGAUUCCGGAGGGAUUUCGGUGACAAACGUGUGUUCAGUGAAAGGAGAAGGAAUGACUCUUAUGCAGAGGAGGAGCCAGAGUGGUUUUCUGCAGGUCCCACCAGCCAGUCUGAGACAAUUGAGCUCAUUGGAUUUGACGACAAAAUCCUGGAGGAUGAUAGGCGCAGGUCCAAGAGGUCGAGGAAGCGGGCAGAGUCCAUAAGAGAAGCAGUGGAAUGUAAUGGCGGACAGGCAGAAGAGCGAGAUGCGGGUUUGCAGUCUACUGCUGAUCAAGAGGUUCCGCACCCUGAUGUUCUGCCUGAGCAGACGACUGGUGACUUUGACUUCAAUGAAUUCUUCAAUCUGGAGAAGACCAUGCCAGGACUGGCCUCUGCGCCUUUUUCUGUCUUGCAGAUGAUAGAGGAUGUUUUGGGGGAGGGCCCUGUAUCUGCUAGCCGCUUCAGUCAGUGGUUCUCUAGUAACCUGAGCCCUUCAGGCAGCCGGUCCAGCAGUCUGAGGUCCACUCCCCAUGAAGAACUGGAAAAACUUGCAGGGCUUGAGCCACGCGGCACGUCCUCUGGCCAGGGCCCUGCCUCAUACUUCACACCUAUUCAAUCAUCGGAGUGCAAGGAGAAGGUGGACAUCCUGGAGCUGCUGCACAAGGCCAAAAUAGACCUGAAGCCUCUUCUUUCCACCCUGUCGGUCAACAAGGCUCGGCUACGGGAAAGCACUAACUGUGGAGCAGUGCUCUCUCUGGAGGAAGUGGAGGGAGGGAUGAAGGGGAUGAAGCUGUGCUCAGAACCACAGGUGCGAAAGGUGCUGCCUCCGCAGAGAGGAAACGGAACACCCUUCAUGGCUCAACAUUUAGAGGAGGCUUUAACUGGUGGCUCUGGCGCCCGUCAACACACACGUGACUCAGACAUGUCGGCCUUUAAUAAACUGGUCAGCAGCAUGAAGGCAAGUGGAACUCUGCCAACUCACCCCAAAACCAACACAAACAAUCAACACUCAGACCCAGCUGUGGUGACACUGUCUGAAGCUCAGAUGCCUCCUCAGCAGCAGAAAAACAUAUUUCAGGAGCUCUUGGGAGGUCCUGCUCGUAGUGGCUCUCCUAUUCUACUUGGCAAUCUGUUGGGCAGCUCUGAGGGCCCAACAGCCUCUGCCCCUCUACAUGGCCUGAUGCACAAGGGCCCGUCACCCCCUCUCUUUCCACAGAGGGCACCAUCACCGGACUACUUCAACAGUCGAUUGCAUCCUUCAGCGGGUUUUCCUGUUGGUCAUCAGCCCAUGCUGCCAGAACACUUUGAUCUACACAGAAGGUCUAUCAGCCCUGGAUCUGCUGUACAACAACAGAUGAGGGCACUCUCUAUGCCAGUGAAUCAGGCGGACCUGGAAGCUCUGGCGUUUCAACAGGACCUGGCUCUACAUGCCCACCACUCAUUCCAGGCUGGCUACAAGCUACCACAGGACAAAUCUUAUCGAAAUAGACUGCAGCGUGGUAAUUGCUCCCCUGGUCCAGGCCCUCUACAUGCUGGAAGAAAUUCUCCAGGCAAUCCUGUCACCAGCAUGUUGUCCCCGUCAUUUACACCCACAUCUGUGAUUCGCAAAAUGUACGCGACAAAAGAGAAAAUCAGAGAUGAACCAUCAAGUCGUUCAGAGAACAAGGAGGAGGCAGCAGGACACUGUCAAGAUGACGGCAGCUGCUCAAAUCUAUACCUGGAGGCGAUGGAAGGUAAUGCUGCCCAGUCCGGGGGAAUAAAGGCCGGCUCACAGAACUUGCAAAGCAAAGACCAGGAGCGUCUCAGGCCUGGCUCCACUGGACACCAUACGCCCACCAUGGCACCUCCAGGACCCUCCUCAGCUUUCCCUCGUCCCUAUCCGGUACCGCUGUUAUCCCAUGUACCUAUGGUGCGCCCUCCACCCCAGCUCCACCCUCCUCCCCAGCUCCACCCUAAUGUUGUUCAACGAAUGCUGGCGCAGGGUAUCCAGCCCCAGCAGCUUGGACCUGCUCUUGUGCAAGCAGGUAUAUUUCCAUCUCACGUUGACCUUGCCCAACUUCAAGGCUUGCCUCCUGCCCUGCUUGGACAACCGCUGUACCCUCUAAGUGCAACAGGGCAUCCACUUCUACCUCCCAGAGCCAAUACUCAGAUGCAGUUAGCAGUAAUGCAGCAGCAACUUCAGCAACAUAGACAAAUGCAUCCAGGUGUCCCAGGCCCGCAGACACAAAGCCAAGGCCCUCACCGGACAAAUGGCCCACAGCAACACGGAGGCAACCCACCUCUAGGCCUCGCCAAGUGGUUUGGAUCAGACAUGCUAGAACAGCCACUCCCCUCCAUGCCGGCCAAGGUCAUAAGUGUAGAUGAAUUGGAGUUUCGGCCAUAAGAAAAUAAAACACUGCUGGAUAGCAAGAUUUUUUUUUUUUUCAUUUUUUUGCCCAUCUCCACCUCCUUGUUACCAUAAAAAUGUGAACUUUAAUUUGAAAGACGGUGCACAGACCUGGACAGUCUAACCAUGCCAUGCUUUGUCUUCAACCUUGAAGUCACUGCUUUUUGAAGAAGCUUAUCAGCAGAAAAGGGAAGACGAGUGAUGGCCAUUUGUUUUGCCGACUGAGUGAAUUUUCUUUCUUUUGUAUUAGGCUCUGCGCAGUAAAUAAUGUAUAGGCCCAAUUGUACAGACCAUGGGAAAGAAUCGUAUUCUCCCUGUAUAUAGCUAUUUUUUUCUUUUUCUUGGAAAGGGGAAGGUGAAACUAUUCUGCAGUUUAACUGGAAACUGCGAGAGACAAUGUUCCCCACAAGUUGGUAGCAUUCCUUUGUCUUGUCCAACUUUAAUUUCCCUGCUGAACUGCACUGAGAGAGGGCGACUGCUUGUGAUAAAUGUGGAUGAGUAACUUCAGUGUAUACUCUCCCCUUUUUGUGGCAUGGCUAGUGGCCCUUUUCCGUAGAUGUGACUGGCUGGAGCAUUUCAAGACUACUCCGGGGGAUGCAGCGAGCACUGGUUGUGCCUUUUUUUUUGUGGGUUUUUCUUUUUUUAAACUGUAUCCUCUCCCAUCCAUCCUGUCACUGAGGGGGGCAGCACUGCUCACAUUGUCAAUUUUUUGAGGGUGGUUGGGAUUCAGUUUGUUUAUGUGCUAUUAAGUUAUAAAAAGCACAAAUAGAAUUAAUAAAUAAAAUUCAGUAAACACA